UAGACAUGAGCAACCGAACUCCUUUUUACCAAAAUACACUGUGUGUGUGUUUGUGAAACAUGCUCGUACAACGCACUGGACAUAUUACGCUAAGCUAUGGUGUGUUGUAAUUUGCAAUCACUGCGUUAGUCACUUUGCUCUGCAGUUGUCAGCCACAAUAUUCAGACACGGGCAACUACAGUUCAACCUGCAGUUGCUCCUUAGAUAGCUCCAGAAAGAUGGCUUGAUUUUUCAGUGGUUUGAAGAACUCUCAGCCUACACUUACUUCUGUUGUGACUUCAAGCCCAGGCCAUUUCUGAAGUGUUUCUCAGAGUGAAAUCUAUAAUCUAAAAUCAUAUAGUGUAACAGAAAAUAGCUUCUUUCUUGUGUAGUAAUUUUGUUCAAGCUUGCCCUGCUCAGCCUCUAGUGCUUAUGGAGAUUUCAUUCAAGACAAAGUCAAAAGAACUGGCUAAGUGUUGAAAUUUGGCUUAUUAACUAUUAUUACUUUAUUUGCAUAGGCAACUGACAAGUUAUUUUAGAAACAAAAUUUGCAGUGGCAGCUAGUCUACACUGUUGUUCUGAAAUAAACACCAUCAAAUUCUUAUAAAUCCUUGUACAGAACCCAAAGAAGGCUUGAAAUGACUUUGUUAGGUUUCAAGUGAAUUUCUUCCCUCAGUUCAUGUUUGGAGUCACUUUGCAGGAUGGUUCAAUGUUUUUCUUAGUGUAAGAAGCAACAAGAGAAAACACUCAUCAGCUGGAUUGUACAGCAAAGAUGAUGUAGAAAAGAUGAACACAUAAGGCCUCUUUAAACCAAAAAUAAGCUGGUUUAAACUCUGUGCACAUAGCACUUUAAUAUGUGGGACCUGUGGGCUCAGCUGAGACUUGAAUGUAUUGGCUAAAAGAACCCACAUCCACUUCUAAUGCAAAGGUCUUUCUCAUUGAGAAUGUUUCAGCCUUAAAGUAGAUCUUGUAUGUUAUUUAUCAUCCUUUUUAUGUACACAAAGUUCAUAGUGUUAUUAAUAGAGCAUGCAACACAGACAAUUUGCAUUGCACCAGUAAGGAAAGGGAACCAUCAGUAAGGAAGGGGAACUUUUUUUUUUUAAAUGAGUAAGCGUUACUGGCCUUGCAAGAGCAGCAACCUUCUAUUUAGUCAUCUUGCCUUGGAAAACAUAUGCCUGAGGGAAGAUGUAUCAUCAGCUUUCACUUUAGAGGGAGAGGCUGUUUGCUCAGGGAAAAGGGGAAGGCUUGUACUUCAUUCAUGCUGAAGUGCACAAACUGCAUUUGCCACUUUCUCCUCAGAAGUAAAAUCAUCCACUUUCCAUACAAAUAGUAGGAAAGGGAAAAAAAAAUCACAGCAAAUGAGCACAGAAGACACUGCUUAAUUUCCUAUGAAAGACACCUGCUAUCCUUCAGCACACAACAGGGUCAGAAGAGAUUAUCAGUAAAGGGAGAUGUUUUAAAGUCAGCAGCUAGGAUUGCAAGCAAUUGCAGGCAGUGGGAGCUACCAGUGGAGAUACCUACAAGUACUUUGUACCAAAAGCAUCACUGCCAUUAUGUCUGAAGCCAAGGAAGUGUUUAAUUUUGUAUCAUAUAAAAGAGGGAAGCUGCAGGCAAAAUGAGUUAUAUUUUACAAUGUGGUUAGUUUUCUACAUGUGUUAUUUAACAGAAAAUAAAUGUGCUGUUUGGCAAACAGAACUUGCAAAUUACCAGCCUAGUUGUUGUUUUCUUUAAAAAGAAAACUUCUGAGAAUUCCAAAGUUUUCAAACGUGCCUCAGGAAGCCGAAUCUUCAUUUAAGGAAGCUGUUGAUGACAGUGUUGAUUACUCUGACCAUGAGUGAGGACAAUUCUGGCCAGAAAGGAAAUGCAAGGAGUCCACAGACAAAAAUCCACCUAGAGAGCUUCUAAACCAACUCACUGCACUGAAGAUGUUUCAGCUGUCAGCUCAAUGGAGGUCGAGCUCUUCUUUGGGAAGUGUGAGCGCACUUGCAAAAGGAAGAGCUUCCAGGAGUGGAAGAAAGUAACUACAACCUGCAGCCAAGAGCAGAUGAUGGAAACAGACUUUCAAGGGCAUCACGUCCCUGCUCUGCGGGUUAUGGUUUGCCUGCCUUCUGCUGAGUUGGACAGUCAGAUGGAGAGUUCAAAAUUGCAGUUGCCAGAAGAAAUGAGCAGUAAAGCAUGUAAGAAAAAGGGGCUCUUGAAGAGAAUGUCUGCCACCUCAUCUGACUUCUCAUCACUUUGCAGAGCCCCUGAAGAUCUCAGCUUUACGAAUGUAACACCAGUGAGGUACUGUGAGUAAGAUCAUUGCACAGAAGACUGAGAAUUAGCAGAUGAAGGUUAGAGGUGAAGGCAAGAGCACCAGAGAGCCCCUGCAUUAAUGCUGUUGCUUGGGAAAACUCUAGUAAUGCUGAGCAGGGCCUUGAAGCAGUCUGUGGAAGUCAUUCAGAGGAAAAGAUAGUUCUUGAUGUAAUUAACAUGAGAGAUCACAUUAAAACUACCACAUUGUUGUCCCAGUGUUUCUCCAGAUCAAGCUAAAGGAACUUGCGUUCGUGUGAGAUGUUGUUUCCUCCAAGAUGAGCACUGUCAGGAGAUAAUUAAGGAUAUUUUGAGGUACAGAAGUCACUUUUAAUGAUCCACUUCACAGAGCAGCUCCCACACAGAUGCCCUGGCAGCAGCUGAGCAGGCCUCCCCGAGAAGCUGAUCAGUGCAAUGAAAAGACUACUGGUAUCUAGAGGAAAUAUAUAAAACCAGAGGUGGCUGGUGAAGGAUUCACUGUGGGUUUUCAACAGCACUGCUAUUGCUGCUGUGUUUUUCCUCCGCUGUCCUGCCUUUCCCAUGACGGUUUCCCAGUUUUUACGUCACGGAUUUGAGCAUGGCCACCCAGCCACACACUGUGACCAAGGUGGAGAUCCCUGACCACGUUCUUUACACUGUAGGAACAUGUGUUCUUGUUAUUGGCUCUAUUGGCAUCAUAGGGAACCUCCUGGUUCUCUAUGCAUUUUACAGCAACAAGAAGCUGAGGACGCCCCAAAACUACUUUAUAAUGAAUUUGGCUGUGAGCGACUUCCUGAUGUCGGCUUCUCAGGCACCAAUGUGCUUUGUCAACAGCUUGCACAGAGGGUGGAUCCUUGGAGAUAUAGGUUGUGACUUGUAUGCUUUCUGUGGAGCGCUCUUUGGAAUAACCUCGAUGAUGACCCUGUUAGCUAUUUCUGUUGACCGCUACCUGGUGAUCACCAAGCCCCUGCGAUCCAUCCAGUGGACCUCAAAGAAGCGCACCAUGCAGAUCAUUGCUGCUGUGUGGUUGUACUCACUGGGGUGGAGCGUGGCCCCACUCUUCGGGUGGAGUUCCUAUGUGCCUGAGGGCUUGAUGAUUUCCUGUACAUGGGACUAUGUAACCUACUCCCCUGCAAACAGAAGUUACACCAUGAUUUUAUGCUGCUGCGUAUUUUUUAUUCCCUUAAUAAUAAUAUUCCAUUGCUACUUAUUUAUGUUCCUGGCCAUAAGAAGUACCGGCAGAGAUGUUCAAAAGCUAGGAUCCUGCAGCCGGAAAUCCUACCUCUCUCAGUCCAUGAAGAAUGAAUGGAAAUUGGCCAAAAUUGCUUUUGUGGUCAUCAUUGUGUAUGUCUUGUCCUGGUCUCCGUAUGCUUGUGUCACUUUGAUUGCCUGGGCAGGCCGAGGCAACACACUAACUCCGUAUUCCAAAUCUGUGCCAGCUGUUAUUGCCAAAGCUUCUGCAAUCUACAACCCCAUCAUAUACGCAAUAAUUCACCCCAGAUACAGAAAAACCAUCCACAAUGCUGUUCCGUGCUUGCGGUUCCUGAUACGAAUAUCAAAGAAUGACCUCCUGAGGGGCUCCAUAACUGAAUCAUCAUUCAGAACCUCUCUCUCCAGCCAUCAGUCUCUUGCUGGCAAGACCAAGAGCACUUGUGUUUCAUCAGUUUCCACUGGAGAAGCUACCUGGAGCGACGUAGAGCUUGACCCUGUAGAACCAGCUCAUGAGAAACUGCAGCCUCAACGAAGUCAUUCUUUCUCAACAAGUCUGAGUCAGGAGAAGAGAGAUCUGCUCCCAGAGACCUGUAGCUACAACACAGCAUCUGUAGAAAAGGUGUCACUGUCCUCCAGCUGUCUGGAGAAGGUGCUUGGGCAGUCAGUCCUACACAGUCCCCCUGAAGCACUCGUGGCCAGCUCCCUACGAGCAGCUUCUCUGCCCGUCGGUUUGAAUAGCAGCAACGUCAGCAGAGGAGGAGGCUCAGAUACUCCAUGGAUGCAAGCUCAAGAAAGUCUAAAUAAUAGAGGCUUGGACUCUAUCAUUAGCAAUACAGUCCCUCGCAUCAUUAUCAUUCCUACCUCAGAGACAAACCUAUUUCAAGAGGAACUUGAUGAGGAAGAGACUGAAAUAUUCCACUUCCAUGACAAAAAGAGUAAUCUGUUGGAUUUGGAAGGGCUUAGCUCAUCAACAGAGUUCCUCGAAGCUGUUGAGAAAUUUCUAUCAUAAGUGUGUCAAAAGAAAACUUUCCGGCAAUUAUUUUCUUGGCAUCUUCUCUGCUUAAUUAUACCAAAUAACUGAAGCCUUGUAGGUUAGAUCAUCAGGCUUUUUGUAUGUUUAUACAGUAGUCACUAGGCAGCCUUCAGUUUUAUCUUUGUCCAGACCAGUUCAGGCAUGGAAACAAGCUUUCUUUCAGACUGCACUGCAGGAAAUGAGCAGUGGAAGAUCUGGCAGCAUGAUCGAGUACCAUCAGUUGAGUCGUUCUCCUGCUUCGUGGGGCCCUGAACCUUGAUUUGUAACCACAGAUGCCAGCAGAGGGAAAAAUAAUUGAACCAAGAGCAAGGGGAGCUGCUGCAUGUUUCUGCUACCUGCAUGUGAAACAGCAUUCAUGUUUUGGCAGCUCUCUUCUGGAUGGCGAAGGGAAGCACCACGAGGCCACAGCUUCCACCAGCCCCAGAGAUAAUACUGCUAGAUGACCUGACCUGUCUUUUAAUCAAAUUAUUUUCAGCAUUUUUAUUUUAUUUAUUUUACUUUAUUUUUUGUAAUAGGCAGCUUCCUAAAUGUAGAAAGAUGGACUUACUGUGUAACUGGGAAGUAACUGCUUGCUUAUAAAGUUUAGUGAUAGAAGUUUGGAUUUUACCUCAGCAUUAGUGCAAUCGCCUGAAUGUCGCAAUGCAAGGUGAAUGUGCUAAAUGCAAUGUGCUAAAACUUAUAAUUCCACCUAUAGAAGCAUUUAGAGCACCUUCACUUACAAUGUUGAUUAAAUGUGGAUGAAUCCUAAUGUGAUUAAAAGGGUGAACUUUCACAACUGGCUUGACAAUUCAUUGUUGAGAAGAAAUAAAGCCUUGGCUGCUAUAUAUCA